AUGAAGCUUCAUUCCUCCACUUACGCCGGCCCACUUCUGGCCGCUCUGCUGAAUGCCCGUGUAGCUUCAGCGGUGUAUGACACCACGAACAGUCCCAUCUUACUGUUGAGCAAUGACUCAACAUUCAACUUCGACUUGUUGACCCCUCUCGGCGAGGCCAUCACCGGAGGAGCCGACGUCGGGCCUAUUCUUGGCGCAGCCAAAGAUAUCGAAGCUGGAAACAUGGCAUCCUUCAUCGACGUCUUCUAUAAGCUGGCCAACGACACCAAGGCUCAGGCCGAAGACCCUGAGAACGCCUACGAUCCUCUUAAUGUCAGGGAGACGUGGUUCUCUGCCGCAGGGUACUUCCGCAGGGCUGAUGUCUACACCCACGGCAACUGGAGCAACCCGCUCAUCAAUACCAUUUGGGACGAGCAGAUUAAGGCGUUCGACAACGGGAUAGCUGCUCUGCCUAUUCCUGGCAAGCGCAUUCGCAUUCCGGCUACUAAGGGCAACUUCACCAUCGAUGCCAUCUGGUACUCUGCUUCCGAGAGCGAGCACGAGAAGCUGCCGACCUUGAUCAUCGGGAAUGGCUUCGAUGCUGCGCAGGAGGACUCCUACCAUAACUUUGUCGCGCCCGCCCUAGCCCGAGGAUGGAACUGUAUCACUUACGAAGGCCCGGGACAGCCAACUGUGCGUCGUAACCAGAACAUUGGUUUUAUCCCCGACUGGGAGAAGGUCGCCACCCCCGUCGUGGACUAUGUCCUCUCAGAGAAGAAGAACGUCGUGGACGAGAACCGCCUUGUCCUCAUCGGCAACUCCUUCGGCGGCUACCUGGCAGCCCGUGCCGCAGCUUUCGAGCCCCGCCUGUCCGCGGUUGUCCUCAUUGACGGCGUCUGGGACAACUACGCUGCAUACACAAGGGAGCUGUCAUCUGAAAUGCUCGAAAUCUACGAGGCGGGCAACCACACACAAUUUGACGACGUCGUCCUCUCAGCUCUGGAGGCCGGAAAGCUCCCCACCGGCGCCACCUGGGGUCUCGAGCAUGGCAUGUGGGCGUUCCACACGCACUCUCCUUCUGAUUUCUUCACCCAAGUCAAGAAGUACAACGUCGUGUCUUUCAUUGACAAGAUCAAGAUGCCCGUGUUUGUCGGAGACGCCGAGUUAGAGAGCCUCUACGUCGGACAGCCGAAGCAGGUGGCGGAUGCCCUGGGCGAUUUGGCUACUCUGCAUACUUUCAAGGGGGUUGCUGGCUUUCAUUGUCAGACUGGUGCUGGGCAGGAGCUUUCGAGGACGAUCCAUGCGUGGUUGAACAAGGUUUUCGACAAGGAGGGCCGUGGUCAGUGA